AGCCAUCACUUAACAUGAUACGUUUUGGUAAAGCUACGUUGAUGCUAAUGUGCGGUGACACAGAAGUUAUUCAGACCUUAACUUAUCCACAUAAAUAACCGAAUUUGCAGCUUUUAAGUGUAGUUCAGCUGUCGUUAUGCGAGAUAUUUGUGAGAUUGAACUUUUACCGAUGUAUUUAAAGUUAGCUGCACUGCGAGCAGCUGCGACGGCAAGCCUGGGAGCUGGUUAGUACUAGCCAGCUCCAUCGGCAAGCUUGACAACUUUAGCCAGUCGCUAGCAACACUAGUUUUCUCAUUCUUUUGUAGACCAGCGUAAACGUUAAACACCGGGUUAGCUGGUACGGGUUAGUCGGGGUUGCCAUGGCGAUUGCGGGACGGAACUAGGUCACAAGUGUUGUGCUAGUGAAGUUUAGCAAAUAUGAUGUGUACGCUGAUACUAGCGUUUGUGUUUAUAGCCAACACCAGCUGCUGCAAUAAUCGUCGCUGGACUUCUUGUUGUAAGCUGUAGGAGGGUAGCAUGGCAACUGGAGGAACACCUUUUGAUGACAGUGCAGAAGAGCUGCACAACUGGGCUGUAAGCAAUUGCAGUCUUGAAGAUAGGCUCAACAACAUGGAUUGGGGUGUACAGCAGAAGAAAGCCAACCGAUCAUCAGAGAAAAACAAGAAAAAGCUGUCAGCUGCGGUGGUGGAAAGCCGCCUCACUAAUGAUAUUUCGCCAGAGUCCACUCCUGGGGCAGGUCGCAGGAGAGCACGCACUCCUCACUCCUUCCCCCAUAUGAAGUACACCACCCAAAUGUCUGUACCGGACCAGGCUGAACUAGACAAACUCCGGCAGAGGAUCAAUUUUACAGACCUGGAUGAGAGGAGCAUCGGCAGUGACUCCCAGGGGCGUGUCACAGCUGCCAACAACCAGCGCCAGUUAGCUGUCGAGAACAAGAAGCCCUACAACUUCCUACCUCUGCACGUAAACACUAACAAAAGCAAGGAGCUGCUCCCUCCCUCCUCCUCUGCCCCGGCUACUCCAGCGAUCACCAAGGAAACUAAGAAGCAGAGCCAAGGACUCAGAGACACAUUAACUCCUGUGGUUCCUCCGAGGCUCGGUCAUGGCAGCACCGACAGAUUGCCCUCGUCGCACAGGGAACAUGGCAGAGGAGAGCCGAGAAUAGACAGCAGCCAGGUGGUGAGCAAAUUGGUACAGAUCCGCGAGUACAUCAGUAAGGCCAGCUCCAUGCGGGAUGACCUGGUGGAAAAAAAUGACGUGCCGGCCAACGUGGAGCGUCUUUCUCAUCUCAUCGACCACCUCAAGGAGCAGGAGAAGUCCUAUUUACGGUUCCUGCAGAAAAUGCUGGCGCAGGAGAAUGAGGAAGAUGAUGUGGGGACGCUGGACUCUGCAGUUGGCUCAGGUUCAGUGGCAGAGAGCACUUCUCUUAACACAGAAGUUAGAUCUUCAGAUGCUUCAAAUGCAACAGGAGGAAGGCCAGAAGCCAUGCGUGCUGACCAGAAAGAAGAAUUGGAGAAUCUGCGUAAGCAGCACGAGUUGCUGAAGAAGAUGCUGGAGCAGCAGGAGCAGCUCAGGGCCCUGCAGGGCCGACAGGAAGCUCUAAUGGCCAUGCAGUACAGUGCAGAGCAGGCACUCGCUGUGAUUGAAGACACCGUUGUCACAGAAACCACAGGCAGUGUUUCUGGUCUGAGCAUCACCUCAGAACUCAAUGAUGAGUUAAACGAUUUGAUCCAGCGGUUCCACAACCAGCUUCAUGACUCUCAGACUAAAGCAGUGCCAGAUAACCGGCGUCAGGCAGAGAGUCUUUCCCUCUCCAGAGAGGUGUGCUGGUCUAGGACUCCGCAGCCUGUUGGCCCCCCUCAACACAGGCCGCUCCUCCACUCUGCCUCUGGCCCACACACUGGUCUAGACACUGGAGCAACAGCUGCCAGCGCCAAACUCACCAAACUCCAGGAACUCCAAGACAAAAAGCAGACCAUGGACAAGAUCCUGCAGGAGCUGCAUUCACUCAGAGACCAGACACUCAAUAAUAACUCACGUCGUGGCUUGUCAGCACAGUACAGUCUGAGUAUGGGGGGAUCUUCAGAGUUUCCAUCCACUCUGACCUCUGGAGCCUCAGCCUCAACUUCCUUUCAUCCUUCAAUUACACAACAGCAGGACAGCUCCAACUCAGCAGAUAAGCUCAGGAAGCUAAAGGAGGUCCACAAGCGCUUGAAUGAACUGCGAGAGCUGGUCCAGUACUACGAGCAGACUUCUGAUAUGAUGGUAGACGCAGUAAAUGAAAACGUGAAAGACGACGAUGAUGAGGAGGAGGACGAGGAAGAUGAGACGGAAGAUGGCUCGAUGUUUGAGGCCAUGUUUGACUCGGAGCAGGAGAACCGCCAGCCUGUAACUAACAUCAGGAACCCACAGCGCGGUGGGAACUGGGCUGACCUGAACAGCCUGACCAAUGGGCGCAGCCCCAGGAGUGGCGCCACAAACAACCGGGACGGCAGACUCAACACUGAAUGUGAGAUCAACAACCGGUCAGCAGCAAACCUUCGAAGCCUCAACAUCCCCUCAGCCAUAGACUGCCAGUACAACAGGGACAUCCCCUAUAAUUUGUUGAAGGAUGAAGAUGGUCUUGAUAAUGAGGGAGGGGCGCAGGCUGUGGCUCCAGAGAGCGAGGCAUCGGAGUCUAGUCGGAGGAGCAGCCUUGGGAAUGAAGCUGGUUUUGGUCAGAAGGUCCAUCGACAGACUGCGAAGCAAAAACUGUGGCAGCUGCAGGAGCUGGUGGCCAUGGUUCAGAGUGAUGACACAGAUGGAACAACAGCUAAUGAGGAUGAAGCUUUACGCCAGCAGCCAAAUAACACCAGGGCUUCUGUGCCGGGGACAUUAGGAGCAGGAUCCAAACAGAGUCCCAGAGAAAUUACCCUCUCCAGCAAAGCCAGAGAAAAGCUGUAUGAGGAGAAGCUACGUCAGCAGAAGCAGGAGCUGAAGAUGCUUCAUGAAGAGCGUCAGAAGCUCAUUGAAAUCCAAGGCAAGAUCCAGGACUUGCAGUGGGCUUGCCCUGACCUUCAGUCAUCUGUGUCCAGCACGGUGAGUCAGCAGGGUUUGCUGAGGAAGGUUCCACUUGCAGUUUCCACUCCUGCACCCGCCCCGGCUCCUCCAUCGUCUGGAGCCAAAACAAACUCAGCCGUACUCAAAGCCACGGCCCCAGAAGCAGCUACUUCUUCAGUCACUGACAAUGAGCUUUGGUCAGAAAUGCGUCGCCAUCAAAUUUUGCGCGAAGAACUGAGACAGCGAAGAAAGCACUUAGAGUCAUUGAUGGCUGAACACCAGAGGCGUAGUGGUCUUGGAGACUCUGCCUGCCAGAUUGAAGACCAAGAGGGCAUCGCUACACCCUCGCAGCCUGUCAGCAGGGAUGAAAGAACAAUGGCCACCUGGGGUUCCUCUCCAUGCCAUCUGGAUGAUGACGAUGAUGAUGACGACGACGACGAUGAUGAGGAGGAGGAAUAUCGUUCGGAGAUGGGUGCAGAGGAAGAAGAAGAGCAGGAAGAAUGUACAGAUAGCACCUCUGAUGAUGACAUUCAUCUCUACUCACCAAGCAGGAACCUGUGCUCCUACAGUAACAGGAAGAAUCAAGGAAGCAAUCUGAAGCCUCCGGCAGCCUUUUCCAGUGACAGUGGUGGGCUUCUUCAUAACAAGACUAAGGCCAAGCAGCAGUCAAGAAGUUUGAACCAGUCUGGAAGCCAGCAGGGGGGCACACGGCGACAAGAGAACCUGCGUUGGGCCUCUGAGCUCUCCUUCACCGAGGGCUCGUAUCACUGGCAGGAACAGGUCAACCAGCUACAGAGACAGUUGGACUACAGCACCAGCAUGUGUCAGACACUCCUGCAGGACCAGCAGACACUAUCAUACAUGCUACAAACUCUGCUGACGGGUCAGUACAGCAUGUUGCCCAACAACCUGUCAUCACCACAGGUUCAGCUCAUCAUGCACCAGUUACACCAGUGCUACACCCAGCUGGCCUGGCAACAGAACAAUAUCCAGAGACUAAAGCAGGUCCUCAAUGACCUUCUUCGCCAGCAGCAGCAGCAGCCUAUGCCUUCCUCUUCAUCAGCAGGUUGGCAAACCCAGAAGCAGGGAUCAUCCCAGGAAUCCAGCUCCGGCCCUCCAGCCUCUCCUGGUUUCUUCCUCCCCUUCUCCUCUACCCUGCAUCCUUCAGCCAACAACAUGACAUCCCCAUUUCCACCCAGCUUUAAUUUAUAUCCCCUGUUCCCUGGUUCCAUGGGUGACUUUCCUCAAGGUGCAGUAGGUCAGGCUACUCCUGAACAUCAGAAGCAGCAGUCAGAUCCCAACACUUCAAUUAAAACAGAAUACAUGAGUUUCCCUCCACCGCUGCAGCGUUCUCCUCUUAACACUUCUACAGAGAGAGGGGCGGCAGGUUGGCUUAACACCUCCUACUCAAACAAUAUCACUCGCCAUCAACUGUCUAACGCUGAGGCCCGAGAGUCUCCUUCCUCCUCUCCCAUUUUUGCCAACCGCCAAUCAAGACAUCGUGACUUUGACAAGGGGUCGCAGGAAAGCUUAAGCAGCAUGCCCGAGCCGGUCGAUCCCACCACCAUCACAAAGACUUUUAAAACCGGGCGCAAGGCCUCCGCACAAGCCAACCUGGCCUCCCGAAGCAAGACUCCCAAGAGCCGCCGCAGGAGGAGCAAAGGGCACGGCAAGAACAGUGAAGGUCAUGAGAGUGACAGUGUUGGGAGCACUGCAGACUCUGUCCAGGAGAGGGCAGACACGUGCCACCAGAAGGAGCACAAUCAGAGUCUUUUAGACAAACUUACUCAAGAAAAGCUGGACAGCAAGGCUAAGCUUGGGAGCAAACGGAACGACCUCUCCUCUGCCUAUGCUUGGAGAACACCCUUCCUCUCUAACAGAAUUGCAUGCACUGAAGCACCAGAUGCAAGCAGUGACUUCUCACUGUUUGAAACGCUGAGGGAGACCAUUUACUCUGAAGUAGCUACUUUGAUAUCCCAGAAUGAGUCCCGGCCACACUUUCUCAUUGAGCUCUUCCACGAACUGCAGCUGCUCAACACGGACUACUUGCGCCAGAGGGCACUGUAUUCCCUACAGGACAUAGUAAGCAGGCAUCUAGCCGAGAGGAGCGCAACCGAAGACCAGAUGCCCCGUCUUGGUCCUGCAGUUUGGGCUGCCGGCUCUCAGUCUGAGCUCACACCCAGCGAGAGCCUGACUACCAGUGAUGCAGAGGUGGUGGAGAAAAAUCUGAGGAUCACGCAAGACACAAUGAAGAAGAGGGAUGAUGCAGAAUCUGUGGACAACGACAGCACCAUGUCAACCUCCUCCAACCUGGAACCUUUUGCUAAUGAUGACCUGGGCAACACGGUGAUUCAUUUAGAUAAAGCUCUGGCAAGGAUUAGGGAAUAUGAGCGCAUGAAGCUUAAAGCUGAGUUUAACCCCUGCAGCGCCAGCACUGCAGGUGCAGGCACUUCUGACGUCUCAAAUGCUGAACGUCCUUCUGCUAACCCUGCUGAGCACCUCGAAGGAGCUGCAGGAGGCGAAGUGCACUGCCCUCAGAUCGACACCCAGCAGUUGGAUCGUCAGAUCAAAGCCAUCAUGACAGAAGUCAUUCCCUUCCUUAAGGAGAACAUGGACGAGGUGUGCUCCGUCCAGCUCUUGACUUCUGUCCGGCGCAUGGUCCUCACUCUCACCCAGCAAAACGACGAGAGCAAAGAGUUUGUCCGUUUUUUCCACAGACAGCUGGGAGGCAUACUGCAGGACUCUCUCAGUAAAUUUGUCGGCCGUACUCUGAAGGAUUGCGGGGAGGACCUGCUUGUGGAGAUUUCAGAGAUCCUCUUCAAUGAACUGGCCUUCUUCAGGCUCAUGCAGGAUUUGGACAACAGCAGCGGCAUCGCUUUGGCAGCCAAACACAAAAAUAAGAACAGGGCUGAGCAGCAUAAUAAAGCCAAACACAGUCAGAAGAAUAAUACAGCCGGUGGCGGCGAUAAAUCUCUUUCUCCAGCAUACACAGAUGAAGACAAGGACCAAGAUGAGGCUGAGCAGGAAGGUGCCUCUGCUUCCCAGGAGCUUUACCUGCAGACGCAGAUGAAGAACAGCAGGAGCAGUGAGGCUUCGGAGGCUGAAGAGGAUAAUGAGGAUGAAGAAGGUGGACGGGAAGUGCCUCUGUCAAUCAGUCUCUCCAAAGCGGAGACGCAGGCGCUGACUAACUAUGGCAGUGGGGAGGAUGAGAACGAGGAGGAGGAAAUCGAGGAGUUUGAAGCAGGACCUGUAGAUGUCCAAACAUCCUUACAGGCUUCUGCAGACGGACAGGGGGAGCAGGAGAGCACAGCCGCGGGUACAGCAGCCAGCGAAGCUGAAGAGAUAAGAACUGAACAGAGGAGUUCGGAGAAUGACGAUGAAAUCGUGAGGUCAGUUGAGACUGUGGAUUCUGGAGUGGAGGAGCAUGAGAGGGUGGAGUGCCAGAGCCCCGAGGAGGAGAGCAAAGCUGGGGCUUCUGCUGUUGCCUCAGAGAGGGAGUCCACCAUGUACCAAGGUCAGGAUGUCACCAAGGAGGCAACGAUCACAAGCAGCCCAGACACAGACUCGCCCGUCAUGAUCAGCGUGGAUGAGGUGGGAUCUGGUAACACGAGCCAAAAGUCUGAUGAGGACGACUUUGUUAAGGUGGACGACUUACCGCUACAGCUCACAGUCAUGUGUGAGGAGGAGCUGCAGAAGAGGAUCGUGGAGGAGCAGCAGAAUAACAACCUGUCGGUAGAGAUCCUCAACGGGAACACUGAAUUGCUGACUGGGCUGGUGGGAAACGCGCAGGCACUGAAGGAACCAGAAACCGCUGCUGCCCAGGAUGCUUAAAGAAUUAUACAGAUGUUUUGUUUGUUUGUUUUUUAGCAACACUAUACUUUAAAACCCUAAAACCUGUUCUGGUUGUAGGAUUGUUAACUCUUAAUCUGAUAGUUUAAAGUUGCAAAUCAUUUGCGACUCUCUCACAAACACAUGUGCAACAGAUAAUACUAAGACUUGUACUCCUAUACAACAACACUUUUGGGUUCAUUUUAUCCCUGAAUAUUUAAUGUGAUUUAUGGAUAAUCUGGAGCGGAGAAUUUUCUUCUAUGCUCUGGAUCACAACAGUUAAUCCUCUGCUUGAAUCGCUAUAGUGCUGAUACUCCUGUUCAGAUCCGCCUUAGAUUUUUUUUUCCCAUGGUUCUGGGAUCAGUUCGAUAUCAGUUGUGAUGUUUUUUUUUUUGUUGUUUUUUUAAUGUUUUAUUUGUCUUGCUCUGGCCUUACUGUUACUGUACAUCUCACCUUCUCUGAAGUUGGUUCCUAUUUACAAAGAGAUGACAGCUGACUUCAGCUAAAUGUUUCUUUAGCUUGAACACACCUUUAAGCUC